AUGUCGGGUUCCGGGGGCUCCGUAACCGGGGUGCUCAUCUGUUGCGUCCUCGCGCUGAUGUCGUCAACGGCCGGCGGACUCAUCGUUAAUCUCACCGUCCUGGAGAGCGCCACCGCAAGUGGAGCAGGCACGGAAAAGUGGCUUGUCAUUGAGAUUACUCUCCUUAUCGUAGUGGACAGCCCUCCUCUGGAUAACAUAAUCGAAGAAAACCUUGGUUUCUUCUUACAGUCUGCUUGGAUGGGAGUCCCCCUGCUUACCAUUUCGCUCCCGGAUGGGGCCCGGGGAAGAACAGCUGGCUCGUGCAUAUGGAGGUCUCUUCUUUAUAAUCUCUGAAAAUAAAUGGAUCCGUAUGAGUUUCCUAGCGUGGGAAGUUUCACGUUGGUGUUGCUCAGGGAGGAGGAUGGUGCCACAGUGUGGAGAAUUGCCUCUUUCGAAAGAGAGGGAAGCUCGGCUCGUCCAAAGCCAUGGGAAGCAUAGCGUUCACAGGGAUCCUGAACGAUCACAAGCGAUUCAAUCCAGGUAAAGCAACCCCACACCUCCCGUGUUCUCUUUCUCUCUCUCUCUCUCUCUCUCUCUCUCUCUCUCUCUCUCUCUGCAUCGCCUGGGACGUGAAGCGCAGGGUUCUACAACUGGAACAAGGUGAAAGUGAGGUACUGCGAUGGCUCAUCGUUCACCGGAGACGUCGAGAGUGUCGACCCGGUGAGCAACCUGUCCCCAUGGCCAUCCCCCUCCAACUGGUGCUCUCUCUCUCUCUAUAUAUUUUUAUAUAUAAAUAUGUACAUACCUCGCGUCUGAGCAGGUCACCGACCUUCACUUCCGAGGCGCGAGGAUCUUCGAGGCGGUCACGAAACACCUGCUGGCGAGGGGGAUGAAGAGAGCUAAGAAUGUAUGCUUCUGCACCGGCCAACCUCCAUUUUCGACUCAUCAUCUGAAAGCCAGGCAUUAGGGUCUGAGAAAAGAUCCCCGAAACAGGCGAUGAACCCGAGCUGCUCCCUACCGGGGUCUUCCGGGCGUCAGCCAUAGCCCUAGCAUGAUUCAUUCACGGGCAUCGCACCCAGAUCAUGCCUGGAGAAGAGCCCGGAAAAUGGUCUCCUCCAGAGGCAAACCCUAACGUUACAGUGAAUCCCCUCAGGUCCUCCUCUCGGGGUGUUCAGCCGGGGGGCUCACGGCGAUACUACACUGCGACCGAUUCCGAUCCCUCCUACCGAGCCGCGCCCGAGUCAAGUGCCUCUCCGAUGGCGGCUUCUUCAUCAACGCGUAAGCCACUCCCGCACCCCAUCUACACUCAGCUCAUCGAUCUCUCCCUUCCGUUGACUCUUCAUCAAUGGCGGCAGGAACGACGUAACCGGAGCUCAGCACAUCGGAUCUUACUUCGACAGCAUCACGAAGACCCACGUAAGUUCCUUCCUCUGGGGCCAAAGUCAGAAUCGAUCGACGAUGAGUGGGGAAGACUUGUUAGUUUUACAAUUAUGGGGAUUAUUCUGAGAGGGUUUCCCUCGACGUCGCUAGGGUUCUCUGGGAGCUCUACCUACAGCAUGCACUUCGAAGAGGAGGUCGCGCAUGGUUAGUCGCUCCUAUCAUCACUGGUUGGGUUGAUCUUGAGGUCGGCUCAGCCCCACUGAUGACUAAGGGGUGCCUCAUCUGAGGAAAAUGCAGUGCUUCUUCCCGCAAUAUGUGGCGCAGGGAAUCAACACGCCGCUCUUCAUUCUGAAUGCAGCCUAUGACUCGUGGCAGGUAAUCAUCCGCCCUAACACGAAGUUCAAUCCCUAAGUUUCAUUUAAUGGAAAAUAUCUCCCAAAAAACCGCCCAAGUAAGACCCAGGAUGCAUGGUUUCCCAACGUUCCAGCAGCGACAGCGUACGUGGGCAUGUUGACGAGUCCGAAGGCCCAUAGAGUGGCUAAGUGGAGCCCUUUACGCGCUUGGGUAUCAAAAUUGUAGUCUAGAGAGAGAAACGGACAUGGGGCAGGUUCUCUUACCGUGGGCUUCCCGAUCAUUUAUCUCCUCUCUCCCCCCCGUCUUGCUCAAAUGACGAUUAAUCCUGGUGUUCGUACUUCCAGGUGCUUACUUGAGAGGGAAUUGUGUUUACAGAUAAGAAAUGUCAUGGUUCCGCCGGGCGCGGACCCGGCUGGUGCGUGGAGGCAAUGCAGGGCCGAUAUAAGUCAAUGCACCCCCGGCCAGAUCCAAGCCAUGCAAGGUUACAUCUUCUUCAUAUGUUUAUAGACUUCAGGGUUAAGGUUUGAGGCUAAAUCAGGGUCUCAUCAGGUUCCAGUCCUGAUCAGAAGUGCCGAACCUUAGCCCUCGCCAUAAUUCUACUAGUUUUAAUACUGACCCAAUGGUUACUGAUCUCUCUCUCUCCCUCUCUCUCGCUAUCUAUCUAUCUAUCUCUCUCGUAAGAGCUCAUACCUUGAGCCUCUGUAUGGGGGCUUUGUGUCAAUGUGCGUCCUGUAGAAGACCCUCGAGCUUAUGCUUGCUUGGCAUGCCUUCGUUUGAUUUUCAUGGAGUGAGAAAGGCGAAGUCUGCAAUUUCUUUCAGUCUUCAUCCUACAGGGUUUAGGGUACAAUUCUUGCGAGCACUGGGAAGGCUGGGGAGGAACCCAUCAAGAGGACUGCUGGUAAACUCGUGCUUCGCCCACUGCCAAUCAGAGCUGACGGCGACCUGGCAAUUCCCCGGUUCUCCGACCAUGGGAAACAGAGUCAGUACCCCCUCUCUAACCAAGAACCAACGCUGUUUCUCCCCUUCUUAUGGGUAUUUCAAAUGGCUGAAUACUAAAACUUUUAUUACAUUUCUUUGAUUUAUGAUUACAAAACCCAACAUUCUGCAGACGAUCGCCGAGGGCGUUAGCAUCUGGUUCUACGACCGAAGCUCCGUCGAGAGGAUCGACGGGCCGUACCCUCGCGACGCCUCAUGCCACAACAACAUAUACAUUCCCAGCGAGAGCUUGGAGGAGGUGGCCCUGUAG